CGGUUUUCGCACGUUCUGAAAAUCAACGCUCGCCACAUCACAGACGGACAGGGCGUCGUGACGGGCACUCUACUCAUCACGCCGAACAACAUCAUGUUCAGCCCAAAUGUGUCCGAUCUCAUCGUGAUCGAACACGGCACAGAGCAUUACGAAGUCACGGCCCCGAUCGACAUGAUCGCCGGAGCUGCCCUCUACACCGACAUCGCGAUAAUGCGAACCAAAAUGCACCAAAAACCAAUCGUCUGCAACAUACCUGUACAGGUUUACUAUUCGAACGACGAGGAACGACCGAAAACCCCGCCGUCAACUCCUAAUAGACUCGCGGCGACCGCCGCUUGCGAACAAACGAGACCGGAAUCAGAGUCCGGCGGCUCGGAACCCGUGUCGCCUCGGCCCACGAAAACCCCGCCGUCCAGUCCUGUGGUCGGAGGUGCCGGCCGUGAAGACCGAGCUGAGGAGAGCGCGACGUCGGCGAUCGCGAAGACGGACGCCCGCGGUGAGUCGAAAGACAUGGAAGAGCCCGAAGUUUUCGCGGCGCUCGAAAAACUUCUCCCUAAACCCGCGCAGCCGCAGGAGAACUCAAUGCUGUAUUUAUGUCUUCGGAUGGGCAAUCCCCUAAACAAAAAGGUCAAGGUUCCUGCUGUGUCAAUCGGUCGGAGGAAACUCAAGUGCGAAUACUGGUUCGGCAUCCCGCGGAACCGCGUCGACGAAGUGUACAAAUUCUUCCAAAGAAACUAUCCCGACAAGUACGGCGACGUGAUCGAGCUCAACAUGGAGGAGCGGGGCUUCACGGAUAUCGUAUCGGACGAUGACGACGACGCCGACAACAACGAUAACAAGGAUAAAAACGGGGGCUCGUCCGACAGCAAUCAUCAGCACCGACGAGACGAUAUGCGGAUAAAGUCCCAGGACGGCGGACCAUCCGACGACUCCAGACAAGCCCCCGACACACCGAGGAGCGCAACCGAUGGAGCUUUCACAGGCGUCUUCAAUCGGGUUGGCUCGUUCAAGAAUCCUUUCAAACUGCCCCGCUUUUUCGAGGGCCCAAACACUCCGCACCCGUCGUUCUCUUCGUGUGAGUGGGAAGUGAUCGCGCUGAAAGACGACUCCAGCGGUCCCGCGGCCUCGACCAAUCUGCUCAACCCAUUGACGCCCGACGAGAUCCUCUUGCCCGAGAUGAUCGACGACUCUGAGAUUCUUGAUGAAGAGCACCGAAAAAUGUUGUACAAAGUCAUUCCGGCUCGCGCCGAAGGUUACGCCUGGCGCUUGGUCUACUCGACGACCAGGAAUGGUUUCAGCUUGAAAACUUUCUACCGGGAGAUGAGUCGUCACGAUGGGCCAGUGCUGUUGGCCAUCACCGAUACCGAAGGAGCUCUGUUCGGAGCGUUCGCCCCGACCACCAUUCAUCCAAGCGACCAUUUUUACGGCACCGGGGAAAUGUUCCUCUGGACAUUCCAUCCCAGCUUCAACAAAUACCCGUGGUCGGGGGAGAAUCAGUACUUCAUCAAAGGGAACCAGGAUUCUCUGGUGUUUGGUUCAGGCGACGGCGAAUUCGGUUUGUACCUGGACGGAGACCUGUACCACGGCCGCUCGUCACCCUGCAAGACGUUCAACAACGAAGUCCUCUCGCAGACAAACGACUUCGUCAUCAAAUCGCUCGAAGCUUGGGGUUUCUUCUGA